CAUCGCAGUUUUUGUCAUAUCUUUAAAUGUAGCAACAGAGCUGUUGAUGUGAUUUGAAAAUGCUAAAAGGUGCUACGAUAUUAAAGCGCCUGUCCCUUGACAACAACAGUAGUUACGUGACAACACUAAGGACAAAGAUCGUUUUCUUGUGAUAUUCUGCCGGAGGAACAUUUGAAGUUGAUAUCGUUUGCGGAAAGUUAUUUGUGUCAAAUGUAUCGAAUAUGGAAUCGCUCAGAUCAAUAUGGAAUCAGAUCAUUAGCUCAUGUUUCUCCAUCACAGAUUACCACAGACGUCAUUUUUAACCUGGAAGCAAACAGAAAGGUGUGUCAAACACAAUCAUGUUUCGAUAUGUUUACUGAUUAUGUAAUUGGUUACCCAACAAAGGGGCGAUAAUCAAAGCACUUGCAUUGAGUUCCGGUUUCACUUUAGAGCUGCAAGUCGUGCUAUUCCUGUCAAAGAACUGAAAAUGGUUCGCUUAACAGUCUUUUUUGCAGCUGUUGUUCUGCUGUUUCUGCAAGAUGUUUCCUGCUGGAGACGACGAAGACGAUCUCCACCACCUCCGCCUCCACGAGUUAAUGGAGGAUGGAGUGUAUGGGGGCCAUUCAGUGGUUGCAGUAAAACAUGCGGAGGAGGAGUGAUGCACCAGUACCGACACUGCAACAACCCAUCGCCGGCGAACGGAGGAAGCUACUGCCCGGGCACCAACGUCAACUCCGAGUCAUGUAAUACACACGGCUGUCCUCCAGUUGUGAAUGGAGGGUGGAGCAACUGGGGAGCUCCUUCGUCCUGCAGCAGAACUUGUGGAGGAGGAAUGCGGUAUCGCCGGCGAACAUGUACCAACCCAAGUCCAGCCAACGGUGGGAGACCUUGUGAUGGCGGUGCGACUAUUUCGAUCAGAUGCAACGAACAUGGAUGUCCAGAUACCCCAAACUCUGAAAUCAUUGUAGCUCCAGAUGGCACUAUGUAUCAGCUUGUUGGUUGCUUUGAUAAUAGGGUCCACCGGCUUAAAGAGAUGCUCAUCACAGAGAGAGAUCACACCAGUCAUGCCUGGAACGGCGAAUGGAUUGACUGGAACAACUGGGAUAUUUACAUGAAGGGUUUCAUUCACAGAUGCGCUAUGAAAACAACGUCCAAGAAUUACCGCGUUUUUGGCAUGUCUUACUAUGGUGAAUGCUGGGGAGACAGGACUGUAUCAAAUGCUGUGGAGAUAUUCACUUCAGCUUUAAAGAACCCCUCGAAAUGCGUAAAAGAGGGCUACAGAGAUUGUUCACCUGGGGACUUGAGGUGCAUCGGAAAACACUAUGGGAUUGCAGUGUACCAGAUCAUUGAAAAAUGAACAGGUAGUUUGGUAUACUUUCUACUAGUGCAACUUGCUUCAUAGAAAAACUCUUUUCGAGACUCAUAAACAAAUGAUUAUAAAGUUUUUGAUUGUAAAUGAGAGAUAAUCUGGAUCCAAUCAAUUAAAAGUAUAUAGUUUACCAAUAGGUGCGAAUCGUCGAUAGACACAUAAGAGGACAAAUUAAAAA